CAAUCAUCAUCAUCAUCAUCAAUCAUCAACAAAUGAAUUAUUUGGCAACAACUCAUUUUGAUCUGGUUGAUCUUCACUUUAUAUCAUUAUAAUCUAUAUUAACAAGUCUUAUAUCAUCAACCAUCUCUAAGUCAUUCAUCACCAAAGUCUUCAAUCACUAACCUUGUUCCCUUCAGUUCUCAUUUCCCCACAUUUCGGUUAAAUAUCCAAUGUCAUCUUUACCAGUGGGUGUAUCCCCAAGACCCACAAAUUCAUUAGCUUUGUCCCUAUUCAAUGUAUAUAAAUCAAAUCGUUCAUUAUUCUUAAACACAGCUUAUAUCAUUCUAUUAACUGCUGCCUUUUCAAGAGCUACAAAUACCGGUGAUCCCGAAUCAAAGAAAGCUAAAAGUUCAUCGUCAUCAUCAUCAUCAACAACAACAACAACUACAUCUACUGAUGUUGAAACUAAAGAUGAAAAGAAGAAAAAACAUCCUCAUAUUUCAAAAGACUCAUUUAAACGAUUAGCCAAAGCCGUGGUACCUUCAAUAUAUGAUCAUACUAUUG